AUGGAGUUUUACAAAGCCAUUAGAACGAAUGAUACUGUGUCAUUUGCUGGGAAAUUAAUGGACCUAGGACAAAUCUUGCUAAGUGAGGCCAGGGAAGAUGUGAUCCAUAUGUUGAAGACAGAGAAAACCAAGCCCGAGGUUCUGGAGGCUCAUUACGGUUCUGCGGAGCCCGAGAAAGUUCUGCGAGUGCUGCAUCGCGAUGCCCUCCUGGCUCAGGAGAAGUCCAUAGGAGAAGAUGUCUAUGAGAAACCCAUCUCAGAGCUGGACAGGCUGGAGGAGAAGCAGAGGGAGACGUAUCGGCGCAUGCUCGAGCAGCUGCUGCUGGCCGAGAAGUGUCACCGGCGCACGGUGGACGAGCUGGAGACGGAGAAGCACAAGCACACGGACUACAUGAACAAGAGCGACGACUUCACCAACCUGCUGGAGCAGGAGCGGGAGAGGCUGAAAAAGCUGCUUGAACAAGAAAAGGCUUACCAGGCUCGCAAGGAGAAAGAAAACGCCAAGCGACUCAAUAAACUCAGAGACGAGCUGGUGAAACUCAAGUCGUUUGCGCUCAUGCUGGUGGAUGAGAGGCAGAUGCACAUCGAACAGUUGGGCCUGCAAAGCCAGAAGGUCCAAGACCUCACUCAGAAACUGCGAGAAGAGGAAGAAAAGCUCAAAGCCAUCACCUCCAAAUCCAAAGAAGACAGACAGAAACUACUCAAGUUGGAGGUGGACUUCGAACACAAGGCUUCCAGGUUCUCUCAGGAGCAUGAAGAGAUGAAUGCUAAGUUGGCCAACCAGGAGUCUCACAACCGACAGCUCCGACUCAAGCUGGUGGGCCUGUCUCAAAGAAUCGAGGAGCUCGAAGAGACCAAUAACAACCUCCAAAAGGCCGAGGAAGAACUGCAGGAGCUCAGGGAUAAGAUCGCCAAAGGAGAAUGCGGCAACUCCAGCCUCAUGGCAGAGGUGGAAAACCUCCGGAAGCGGGUGCUGGAAAUGGAGGGUAAAGAUGAGGAAAUCACAAAAACCGAGUCCCAGUGCAGAGAGCUGCGGAAGAAACUCCAGGAGGAGGAGCACCACAGCAAGGAGCUCAAGCUGGAAGUGGAGAAACUGCAGAAGAGGAUGUCCGAACUGGAGAAGCUGGAAGAAGCGUUCAGCAGGAGUAAAUCCGAAUGCUCCCAGCUCCACCUGAACCUGGAGAAAGAGAAGAACUUAAGCAAAGACCUGCUGAACGAGCUGGAGGUGGUGAAGCAUCGCGUGAAGGAGCUGGAGGAUUCCGAGGGUCGCCUGGAGAAGGCCGAGCUGGGCCUCCGCGAGGAUCUGACCAAGCUGAAGUCCUUCACCGUGAUGCUGGUGGACGAGAGGAAAAACAUGAUGGAGAAGAUAAAGCAAGAAGAGAGGAAAGUGGAUGGCCUCAACAAGAAUUUCAAGGUGGAGCAGGGCAAGGUGAUGGACGUCACGGAAAAACUCAUCGAAGAGAGCAAGAAGCUGUUGAAACUGAAGUCCGAGAUGGAAGCCAAGGUGUCCGGCCUGCGGAAGGAGCGGGACGAGCUGGUGGGCAAACUGAAGAGCGAACAGGAGAGAUCUUCGGCCCUGAGCGGCAGCGUGGAGCUGCUGCAGAAGAGGCUGGACGGCCUGGAGGAAGUGGAGAGGGAGCUGGCCCGGGGGAGGGCGCGCAAAGGGCCUGAGCUCACGGGCCCGGAAGAUAACAAGAUCCGAGAACUCACGCUGGAGAUCGAGAGGCUGAGGCAGCGGCUGCAGCAGCUGGAGGUGGUGGAGGGCGAUCUGAUGAAGACGGAGGACGAGUACGAUCAGCUGGAACGGAAAUUCCGCACGGAGCAGGACAAGGCCAACUUCCUGUCGCAGCAGCUGGAGGAGAUCAAGCACCAGAUGGCGAAGAACAAAGCCGUGGAGAAAGGCGAGGCGGCCAGCCAGGAGGCGGAGCUGCGCCACCGCUUCCGGCUGGAGGAGGCCAAGAGUCGAGACCUGAAAGCCGAGGUCCAGGCGCUGAAAGAGAAGAUCCACGAGCUGAUGAACAAGGAGGACCAGCUCGCCCAGCUGCAGGUGGAUCACUCGGUCCUGCAGCAGAGAUUCCUGGAGGAGGAGACCAAGAACAAGAGCCUGGGCCAGGAGGUGCUGGGCCUCACCAAAGAGCUGGAGCUCUCCAGGCGCUACGGCCGCGCGCUGCGGCCCAGCGGGGCAGGGCGCAGGAUGGUGGACGUGCCGGUGGCGUCCACGGGCGUCCAGACGGACGCGGUGGGCAGCGAAGCCGUCGAGGACGAGACGCCGGCCGUCUUCAUCCGGAAGUCCUUCCAAGAGGAAAACCACAUCAUGAGUAACCUGAGACAGGUGGGGCUGAAGCGGAACCCCGAGCGGGCCGCCUCCGUCCUCGACCGCUACCCACCCGCCGCCAACGAGCUGGCCCUGCGCAAGUCGUGGAUCCCGUGGAUGCGCCGGCGGGAGGGCGGCGCCCCGACGGCGGGGACGGCGGCAGCGGGGGCGCCCCGGACCGGGCACUCCGGGGAGCUGGUCGUGUCCCCCAAGCAGGGCCAGCCGCUGCACAUCCGCGUGACCCCCGAUCACGAGCACAGCACGGCCACCCUGGAGAUCACCAGCCCCACGUCGGAAGAGUUCUUCUCCAGCACCACCGUCAUCCCCACCCUGGGCACCCAGAAGCCCAGGAUCACCAUCAUCCCGUCCUCCAACAUCCUGGCUCAGAGACCCAAGGGCGCCGAGGCUGCGCUGGGCCCCGAGCGGGCCGUGUCGCCCGUCACCAUCACCACCUUCUCCCGGGAGAAGCCCCCCGACGGCGCCCGAGGCUCCGCGGCCGAACUGAUGAACACCAGUCAUGGUUUCCAGGGCAAACUCACUCACCCCGGUACCCCCUCUCCUGUCUCUGUGUGUUCUCUCUUGCAGUCAGCACAAGAUGGGUCUUGCCAGCGGCCUACACCCACCCGCAUUCCCGUGUCAAAAGGUAUGAAAUCAGGAAAGCCGGUAGUGGCAGCCCCAGGAGCAGGAAAUCUGACCAAAUUCGAGCCUCGGGCUGAGACUCAGUCUAUGAAAAUAGAGCUGAAGAAAUCGGCAGCCAGCAGCGCUACCUCUCUCGGAGGGGGAAGGGCAGAGGGCAGUAGCUGA